AUGUCCGACCAAAUCCAAGAAUUCCUCGACAUCCCAAGGGAUUUCUUCAAAGAAGGCACGCAAUUCCUGAACAGAUGCACAAAGCCUGAUCGACGCGAAUUCAUUAAGAUUAGUCAAGCCGUUGGAGUUGGAUUCCUUGUAAUGGGCGCAGUUGGUUAUCUUGUGAAAUUAAUACACAUUCCUGUCAAUAAUGUUCUGGUGGGCGGCGCUUAG